GAUCGUCGCCUUUCCGCCGACAUAUUGGUAGAGUACAUAGUGCGUUUCCUGCCCGUACUUACCACCCGCAGCGGGGCGGUGAAGGGUGAGAUGUCCACUCCACCGCUGUCGGGAGCGGGGAUGGCGGGUGCCGCCGUGGCAUGUCCGGGAGGUUUCCCCGGGGCUCAGGCUGCGGCCCGGGAGGUGAACACGGCGUCCCUGUGCAGGAUCGGGCAGGAGACCGUGCAGGAUAUUGUGUUUAGGACCAUGGAGAUCUUCCAGCUGCUGAGAAACAUGCAGCUUCCGAAUGGUGUUACGUAUCACACAGGUACCUACCAAGACAGGUUAGGAAAACUGCAGGAACAUCUGCGUCAGCUUUCCAUACUGUUCCGCAAGCUACGACUGGUUUAUGAUAAGUGCAAUGAAAACUGCGCCGGCCUGGAUCCUGUAUCGAUAGAGCAACUUAUUCCAUAUAUUGAAGAAGAUUACUCUAAACAUGAUGACCGUGAUACUGCCAGCCAGCUUCGGUUUGCAAGUGAAGAAAGGCGUGAAAUUCUUGAAGUAAAUAAGAAAUUAAAACAGAAAAAUCAGCAGCUGAAGCAAAUCAUGGAUCAAUUAAGGAAUCUCAUUUGGGAUAUUAACGCCAUGCUGGCCAUGAGAAAUUAAACGUAUUGACUCUUUUAUUUUCAUUUUUUCAUUUUUUUUUAUUUGAUAUAUGGACUGUUAAGAUAGAAAA